CCAGGUUGGUGCUCUGGACCUGGCGAUGGGGGAGGUGCCAUGCCAGAAUCCCCAGCCCUGCCUUCCAGCCCCUCUCCUUGUGGACAGUGCAUCGCCAUCAUGUGUGAGAGGAGUCAGCGGUCAGCGUCGCCAUAUUGUCAUGGACCUUUACCUGUCAUCAGUUUAAUGCCUUGAGUGAUUUUGAUUGUCUUAUUAUAUUUUAUGCAGCUCUUCAUAGUUUUUAAUGUUUGUUGAAUUAUCGACAGAAAAAUUUUUAUGACUCGCAAUGAUUGAAGCAGAAGGCCCCUCUCAGCGCCGAUUUGAGAGAUUGCUGACGUCACGCUUCCGAAGUCUCCCGAAGUUUUACCCUUCACUGAGACCUUUACAAAACAAAACAAAAAUCAGCGGCCCGGGAUGCCUAGAGAAGAAGUGGUGCCUGAGUCACGAGCUGUAAAUCUUCCUAGUUGGGAUUUGUGUAUAGUAGUAGAGUAGUGUCUAUCGACAGCGCGGUAGUCCCCCGUUUUUGGACUAACCUCACCUAAACGACGUAUGACAUCUUUUUCUGUAUUAUUUAUGAAAUUGUAUUAAUGAAAUGUUUUGUGAAAUUGUAAUGGAUAUUAUGAAAGUUUGGAAGUCGUUAUCAUAAUAAUAUGAGAAAAAGAUGUGAGAACUGGAGAACAUAGUGUAACCUCGAGUUACAGGUUUCAAGUGUAUGGGCUGAACAAUUGGAGCCUUCUGGAUAAUGAAGAAUCGCCUCCCAGGACCAUUCUGUGAUCGACGUGAUUUUGGUUCAGUUCCCCGUAGCACGUGCUAGGAGCCCAGUGACGUCACCGCGGAUUACCUCCCGUGUGACCCCGGAAACCGCUUACGACAGGUGUAUAAUGUCACGGGUUUCCGGCGACAGAGGAGUAAACAAAGUCUACUGCGCACAUCAUCCUGACACGUGACCUGGAACACACACCAGCGAACUAGAAAUAAGACAGACGAGCAGACGAGAGAAGAGACGAUAGAAGGCUUCAAUCAAGUAAACAAGGAAGAGUCAAUUGUGGACUUUGUCUGGUCUCGUCUUCGCAUCCAUCAAGCAUCGUUCGUUGCCCUCGGUUGUCUUGGAACUUGGCGAGGACAACAAUUGUUUGUCUGAUCAGUCGACCAUUUCUGUCUCGGGUAGUGAUUCGCAGUCACACCAGCCUAACCCAUCAAGACAAAGAGAAAAGACACCUCGCUUGGGACAAAAACAACAACAACAGCAACAACAACAACAAAACCUUCUACGACAUGGCCGCCACUUGUGUUGCGCUGUGCACAGCAGUUGCUAUGAUUGCAAGUGCCGCUGCGAGUCAGGGCUGUCUGACAGGUGAUGCGUGUAGUAACUCCGUGAACAAAGAGACCAUUGGAGGCGUGACGUACUGCUGCAGUGACGUCACUGGAUCGCCAAAGGUGAAGGUUGAUGGCACCUGCGAGUGCCAGCCUGAGGAUGAAGAGAUGAAAAUGUGGGCCGAUACAACUAUGAAUGACGGUCGCAUGUGCCUAAACGGGGACGAAGAUUGUGGUGGUGCGAGCAGAACCUACACGAGGAAGGACACUUUCUGCUGUCCUCGCGGUCAUUCUUUGCACAUUGCUUCCAAUCCCUACGACCCCACCGACUACCAUGGCUGUGAAUGUCGGAAAAAAUCCUCGAAAAGGGGGCACAACUCUUCAAGUCACAGUUGUACGUACGGCACAGAGAGUUGCCGUGACAUGACUAAUAGCCUGAUGAAAAGUAGGCCCUAUUGCUGCUCCAACAGUAUCUCCAUGAACGUUGCCAGUUUCGGUGAAGUCAUCUACCGUGGGUGUAGGUGUCCGGGAAACACUGCCCCUGUCAUCCCUCCAGGUGCCUACACUCCUCCCUUGACUGGAGAUUACAACUCUUCAGGAGAGGCGUGUCUAUACAACGCCCUCUGUGACGAUUCCCCCAGUCUCAAGUGUGGCAGCAGGCGAGACAACGUAUUUUGCUGCUACAACAGCCGGGGUAUCCACACCAAGUACCUGGACCCACCCGUCGUCACCGCAUGCACGUGCACUAACGACUUCUGGGGCGGGCGGUGCGGACUUUACCAGGAGCCAGCUCCCUUCACAGAACAGAGGUGCUUGACCGACGGCGACUGCCCUGUGGGGAUCAACACCACGGUCGUGACAACAACCAACAACGUGAAGGUGACGUACUGCUGUCCGAGCCUCAUCCACAAGCCUCACGUGCAGACCGUGCAGGGCGCCACACCUAAAGACGUCUGCAGCUGCAGCUCUCACGGCGAGGACAGAGGUUCCCCUGAAGAGAAGGUUCGUGAGUGGGCCGAGCUGACGAAGGACUAUGGUCAAUGGUGUGAGAGCGGACCAGUCUGUGGAAGCCUCUCAUCCCGGCUGAAGUUAUACUUGCGGGUGAAGUAUUUUUUGACCGCGACCUUGACGAUGUGUUGCCGCCAGACCAACGGCACUCAAUACUACGCCGUCUACAGCUUGGACAGCGACUACGACCACGUCGGCUGCCGGUGCGCCAACACCUCCGUUCCCCGCCCAGUGCCUGGAGCCUAUGUGGUGCCGGAGGCUGGCUACUUCAACUCCACAGGGGAGAGCUGUUCGUAUAAUUCCGGGUGUGACAACUACCCGAGCGCCAUUUGCGAGUCGUCUGAGGUGGCUGUCUGUUGCUAUGGCAGCCGCGGCAUCGUAACGCGUGAGCUGCCUGAUGGUCGCACAGGGUGCACCUGCACGAAUGAGAAGAACGAGGAGGUGUGCGGAGGAUUAGUGUCCAAGGGAUUGACGUCCAGGUCAUCAGGGGUCACACCUACCCACCUCUGCCUGACAGUCGGGCUGAUGGUCAAUCUGCUUACAUUCCAAACCAGAUAGGCCAAAGCCACGUCCAUGGAGAGAUUGUGUUAGGAUGAUGGGGAGUGUUGAUGAUAAUAAUUUCUACAGCCUUUCCCCACCAUCAAGGGUUCACAUCACUUGUAAAAACAAGGCACGAUAAUAAUAACUGUUAGGAGCAUAAGGUCGUUAAUUCUUAAACCGAGGAAGUAUAAGUGUUCACGAACGAGAGAAAAGCAUGAAGCAGGAGGUACAGAAGCCGAUGUUGUGUACAUAAACACGGAAUGUGUAGCGACGAAGCACAUGGCCUGUAGAAGAGAAGACGUGAAGAAUACAAGGUCUUUAGAUCAGAAACAGUAAGUUGUAUUAGCGAACACCAAACGACCAUAUCUCAAGGUGGCCUAAACAAACUGUAAUUAAUAGGCUGCAGAGACCGAUAGUGGAAGAAGUCUACAGGUGGAAGCGUCUUGGUGUUGGCAUAGAAAAGUGAAAACAGAGAUAUAAGCGCAACAAAGACCCCAAGGUAGCGAGAUGUAUGUAGAUUCAGGAACAAAAAAAAAAAAGAAAGAAAGAAACAAAACAGUCCCUUCGAACCAACUAGGCAAAAGGACAUCACUGAUAUACAAGGGCAAGUGUGGCCAAGCAACUACUGACCUGCCUCAAGAAUCAACGCUACUUGCAAAUCUGACAGGAAUUUCAAGAACACUGCCAUAAAUAGUAUUGUGUGCUGAUGCAGGCAUAUUCAAAUACACACACACAACCAUC